UUCAUUUCGGUCUCCUUGUGUAACCACCACUGGUACGUACUUGCACGGCGAUGCGCAGCGCAGAUGAUGAAGAAAAGUCGGGAUUGAAGUUAUGGUGGGCUACUGGAGAUGAUCAAGUUGGCAACUUGAUCUGAUGCUAGAUGUGACGUGCUCUCUCCUCCAUCUUCUAAAUACUCCAUCUACGAGCUGGGAUCCUCUGACUCCGAGUGAGAGACCCAGUGGACAGUGGAGUCAAUCUGCACACUAGCCAGAGCGACUCUACAGGGUGGGGUGGGAGGGAGUGACUAGAUCAAUUAGAUUCGGACUCCGUCUUCUUCAUCAAGAUGCAGAUGGGGAUGCGGCUCGGCGCCGCCAUCCUCCUGAGCUUCAGCUUGCUCCUCCUCCCUGCCUCCCGUGCCUUCCCGCUAUGCACCGACGCAAGGGCGCCGGUGGUGCUCAACGAGACGCUCGGCUUCUGCGCCUCCUACAACGGCAGCAGCAGCAGCUGCUGCGACGCCGCCGCCGAUGCCGCGCUGCGCAGCCAGUUCAACGCCAUGAACGUCUCCGACGCUGCCUGCGCCGCCGUCCUCAAGUCAAUCCUCUGCGCGAAAUGCAGUCCAUAUUCUGCUGACUUGUUCGACGCCGGGCCAAAGAUUCGGACAAUUCCUUUUCUCUGCAACUCUACCUCUUCAGCAACUUCUGCUCAAUCCAAGGAAACCACACAGGACUACUGCAAGCUUGUUUGGGAAACAUGCAAGGAUGUCAAAAUAAUGAACUCUCCCUUUCAACCUCCCCUGCAAGGCAGCGCGACGCUUCCUAGUACAUCAUCAAAGCUUACUGAUGCCUGGCAGUCUGAAAAUGACUUUUGUACAUUGUUUGGUGGUGCGCCUAAUGACCAGUCAGUAUGCUUCAGUGGCAAUGUAGUUUCAUUUAACACCACCCAGCCUUCACCCUCUCCUAAAGGGAUAUGCCUAGAGAGGAUUGAUAACGGAUCCUACCUUAACAUGGCUCCUCACCCUGAUGGCUCCAAUAGAAUCUUCUUGGGCAGCCAAGCUGGGAAGAUAUGGUUGGCAACUGUCCCUGAGCAGGGAUCUGGCGGUACUCUGCAAUUCGAAGAAGCAAGCCCAUUUGUUGAUCUGACAGACCAGGUGCACUUUGAUUCGGUGUUUGGACUCAUGGGUUUGGCGUUUCAUCCAAAAUUUGCAACAAAUGGUCGCUUCUUUGCCUCUUACAACUGUGAUAGGACAAAGUCACCCAGUUGUACGGGGAGAUGCUCUUGCAAUUCUGAUGUGAGCUGUGAUCCGUCAAAGCUUGGCACCGAUAAUGGUGCUCAACCAUGCCAGUAUCAAGUUGUUGUAUCAGAAUAUUCAGCCAAAGGUUCCUCAGCAAAUGUUUCUGAGGUAACAUCUGCUGAUCCAUCUGAAGUUAGAAGGAUUUUUACUAUGGGGCUACCUUAUGGAUCUCAACAUGGAGGUCAGGUACUUUUUGGACCUACUGAUGGAUACCUCUACCUCAUGAUGGGAGAUGGAGGAAAGGGAGAUCCUUUUAAUUUCGCUCAGAACAAAAAGUCGCUUUUGGGAAAAAUUGUGAGGCUUGACAUUGACAACACACCAAGAGAGAGUGACAUCACUAACAAAAGUUUUUGGGGUAAUUAUUCUAUUCCAAAAGACAACCCAUACGCUGAUGAUAGUGACUUAGAACCAGAAAUUUGGGCAUUGGGUCUAAGAAACCCGUGGAGAUGCAGCUUUGAUUCCGAGAGGCCUUCGUACUUCUUCUGUGGAGAUACUGGUCAGGAUCAAUAUGAAGAAGUGGAUUUGAUCUCCAAAGGCGGAAACUAUGGAUGGCGUGCAUACGAGGGCCCACUUGUUUAUCAUCCAUCAUGGGCACCUGGAGGAAACACGUCACUCAACUAUAUUAAUACCAUUCCUCCUAUCAUGGGAUACAGCCAUGCUGAUGUCAAUAAGAACAUUGGGUCAGCAUCAAUCAUGGGUGGUUAUGUCUAUCGAGGCUCUACUGAUCCUUGCUUGUCUGGAAGGUAUUUGUAUGCCGACUUGUACGCAUCAGCCAUGUGGACUGGCACAGAGACACCGGAGAGUAGUGGAAACUACACCUCCACUCUGAUUCCCUUCAGCUGCUCCAAGGACUCUCCAAUACCUUGUGACACCGCUGCUGGGAGCCCUCUCCCAUCGCUUGGCUACAUAUACUCCUUCGGUGAGGACAACAGCAAGGACAUCUAUGUCUUGGCGAGCAAAGGCGUCUACCGAGUCGUGAGGCCCAGCCUCUGCGACUAUACUUGUCCAACUGAGAAAGCUGCAACGAAUAGACCUCCAGGUCCUUCAUCCAAGGCACCAGCGAUAGGAAUGAGCAAGCAGAUGCGAGUGCUUUUGCUGUCUGUUAUUAUGUUUUGGGUUUUGGUAAGAUAGGCUCCUGCUCGAUCAGUGUCGUGCAAGAAUGGAUGAUAAAUCAUAAUAUGUUCCAUAUGUUAGUGCAUGGAGGAACAAAUUGAAAAUAAGACUGGUGCAGUUAGGGAUCCUGUGAUAUAUAUAGUAGCAUAGGACGGUAGACCUGAAUUUGUAAGCCGGCCUGCACCUUACUGCCAGGUCUUGAUAAAUACAGUACGUAUUCAGUUGUUUCCAAGGGAAAGAUGGCGAGGAAAUUUUAUUCA